ACACUGUGAAUUGGUGCGGCGCUCAGUCAGUUACCCGCUGCCUGAAUAUCUGGAAAUGUUGCGUAUCCCCUUUUCCCGUACCAAAACAAAGGGAGUCGUGUUUUGUUUGGCUUAUGUUUUACUUUAACCGGCGGGACAUUUAACCGACAGUUCCAGUUUCUAUUGUCUCAGGUUUUGAUUGUGAGCGGCUCGUGAAGGGCUGACAGGCGGCUUGUUUUCUUUAUUGUGAGGCAUGUGAUACAGAUGGGAGACUGAGGCGUGCUCGUGUUUUACGGAUGUUACCGGGAAACGCAGAGAGGAGGAAGGGCUUUUGUCCCUCCCCAACUGUACGUCCACCGUGGAAGUGGCUCACCGCCCGGCUUCAGAAGGACCCGACGGAGCCGUGCUGCUGGUGAAUACUACGGGGCUCUCUCAGCUAGCUGUUGCGCGGCAUACACCCAGAUAGAAUGGACAAUGACUGUGGAGCCACCUAGUUUUUUUUUACUUCUUUUUUGUUUUUCUUUUGGAUGUUGUUUAACGAAUGUCUUGCCUUUAAAAGAAAAGAAAUAACAAACAACCCGCUUAGUUAGUGGACGUGUUUUUAUUUUUGCUAGGUGGGAGGCUAACGUUGGUCAAACAUACGGGAGGAUCAGUUGAGGCUCGGUCAGGCAAGCCAACAAUGCGGAUUACUUCUUUGUGUUAACAGACUGCAUAAAGUUGAGACAAAACUCACAGGACUAAGGUUCGGUACUUCCCCUAUCAUCGUUUUAUUGUCUCAUAAAGGACACAGCGUGUUAACCAGAGGGAACAAUUCCCACAUGUGGACACACUGUGUGUGAAGCUGCACCCAGACUGAAAACAGGCGAGGAUAACCAUGGCGAACGACUCUGUCCAAAGUGACCCAGGUGGGCUUUCGGUCCUGGAGCAACUCAGUCUGGACCAGAACUCUGAUUUCUCAGACUCCAGUGUUCAGCAGCUUCUUGAUGAGCAGCGUGAAAGGAUCCGCAGGGAGAUUCGAAAGGAGCUGAAGAUCAAAGAAGGUGCUGAGAACCUGCGCAGGGCUACAACUGACAAGAGGAACGCCCAGCAGGUGGACAGUCAGCUGCGGUCGUCUAACCGCAGGCUGGAUAACCUGCACGCUCAGCUGCAGGAACUGGAUGCUCACAUCGUGGUGAAGGGAGGCGAGGAGAGUAAAGAUGAAUGUCCGCAGUCUCCUGGGGCAGAGAGUUGCAUGUCAGCCCACAAGGAGCGCAUUGCUGCUCUGGAGAGGCAGCUCAACAUCGAGCUCAAGGUCAAACAGGGAGCUGAGAAUAUGAUUCCAAUUUAUGCCAAUGGGUCCACCAAGGAUAAGAAAAUGCUGCAGACGGCCCAGCAGAUGCUGCAGGACAGCAAGACCAAAAUCGACAUCAUCCGUAUGCAAAUUCGCAAAGCUGUUCAGGCCACUGAGCACAAUGAUGACACACAGGGUAACCACGACCUCUGUGGGGUGGAGCUGCGUAUUGAAGAGCUGAGACAUCACUACAGGGUGGAGCAUGCUGUUGCUGAGGGGGCCAAGAAUGUCCUCAGGCUCCUGGGAGCCAACAAGGUUCAGGACAAGAAAGCUCUGUCUGAGGCGCAGUCUCGUCUCAGCGAAGCAUCUCAGCGGCUCGACCUGCUGAGGGACUCUCUGGACCGACGUUUGGCAGAGCUGCCAGAGGACCAUCCUAAGGCAAGCAUCAUCAAAGAGGAGCUGGUUUUGGCCUCUUCUCCUGCCUUCAGCUCCCGUCACGGUGCCCCCUAUCUUCAAAACCAAUACAGCACCCUCAACAAGCCCUCACCUCUUACUGGCACCUUGCAGGUGCAGCUGCUGGGCUGUGUCGGGUUGUUGGAGGUGGUCCCAGGUCGCAAUAAAGGCACAGCUGUCAUGCUGCCUAGUUACAGCCCUGGAGACACCAGGUCUUUCAUGAGAGGAAGCAAAGGAUUGUACGGACGCAGCGGUUCAGUCAGUGGAAAGACACCCAAUAAGAUGGACGAACUCACCUCUGAGGUGAGUGCAGUGCUGAAGCUGGAUAACACAGUUGUUGGCCAGACAGCUUGGAGGACUGUGGGAGAACAGGCCUGGGACCAGACCUUCACUGUGGAGCUGGAAAGGUCAAGAGAGAUGGAGAUUGCUGUUUACUGGAAGGACUACCGCUCCCUGUGUGCGCUCAAGUACCUGAAGCUGGAGGAAUUCCUGGACAACCAGAAACACAGAGUUCAGCUGGAGCUGGAGCCUCAGGGUCUGCUGCUGGCCGAGGUGACCUUCUUUAAUCCAGUCAUCGAGAGAGUUCCUCGGCUCCAGAGGCAGAAAAAGAUCUUUUCUAAGCAACAAGGCAAGGCUUUCCUGCGGGCUCGUCAGAUGAAUGUGGACAUUGGGACGUGGGUGAGAUUGCUUCGAAACGCCAUCCCCACUGUGAACAACUCUGGAACCUACAGCCCCAAUGCACAGGGCUUAUCUGUCAACUCUGGGGAGAUCUCAGUGGAGAAGUUGAGUCUGGAGAGCGACUCUCCAAUAAGAGGAGAUUACAAGAGAGACACGGACACACACACUCCGGACCUUCUGCCAGUCGUCGAGCCCCUCCCUUCCCGAGAUCUCAUCCCCGAGUCCCCUGUCCGUACUCAGUCUGUUAGCAGUAGGCAGAAGAAAGGUCCUCUGUCCCUGCAGGACUUCAGGCUCAUCGCUGUGUUGGGAAGGGGACAUUUUGGGAAGGUGUUGCUGUCAGAGUACAAGAAGACAGGAACAAUGUAUGCCAUCAAAGCCCUGAAAAAAGGAGACAUCAUUGCUCGGGACGAGGUGGAAAGUCUGAUGUGUGAGAAGCGCAUCUUUGAGAUUGUGAACAUGUCGCAUCAUCCCUUCCUGGUGAACUUGUUCGCCUGCUUCCAGACAUCAGAGCACGUGUGUUUUGUGAUGGAGUACACAGCCGGAGGAGAUCUGAUGAUGCAUAUCCACACAGACAUCUUCAAAGAGCCACGAGCUGUGUUUUAUGCUGCUUGUGUGGUUCUUGGACUUCAGUUCCUUCAUGACCAUAAGAUUGUAUACAGAGACCUUAAGCUUGAUAAUCUGCUGCUAGACACAGAUGGAUAUGUGAAGAUUGCUGACUUUGGACUGUGUAAAGAAGGAAUGGGUUAUGGAGAUCGGACCAGCACAUUCUGUGGUACUCCUGAGUUUCUGGCCCCAGAGGUCCUCACCGAUACAUCUUACACCAGAGCUGUGGACUGGUGGGGUCUGGGGGUCCUCAUCUAUGAGAUGUUGGUGGGAGAGUCUCCAUUCCCAGGGGAUGAUGAAGAGGAGGUGUUUGACAGCAUUGUGAAUGAUGAAGUCCGCUACCCACGUUUCCUCUCCACUGAGGCCAUCGGCAUCAUGAGAAGACUUUUAAGAAGGAAUCCAGAAAGGAGGCUGGGAUCUGGAGAAAAGGAUGCAGAGGAGGUGAAGAAACAGCCAUUUUUCAGAAAUGUGGAUUGGGAGGCGCUGCUGCAAAGGAGGGUGCCCCCUCCCUUCGUGCCAUCCAUUCGCAACAAAGAAGACGUCAGUAAUUUUGAUGAGGAGUUCACCACAGAACCUCCAACACUCACACCUCCACGCGAGCCCCGCUCUCUCUCCCGCAAAGACCAGGAAGGCUUCCGGGACUUUGACUACGUCUCUGACCUCUGCUAGUAGACUAAAGGAAAACCUUUUUUUUAAUUUUUUAGGGCGGUUUUGUGCCAGCCCGACAAUCUACUGACUGUCAUUGCUUGUCUGUGGUCAAUUACAUUGUGAAUGAAUGCAGACAGAGGACAGUCUGGGUUUGGUUUUGGUUUUAAAGAUUGUGGACUAAGAUAAUGAAAGAAAGUACAGAUAGUUGUAGGGGUUAGAUAUUUUAUCACAGUGAAGGAUAAACAAACACCCCCUCUCCAGUCAUUGUACACCAGUGAGUUCUGUAACUUUAUAAGCCUUUAAAAACCCUCCUCCCAUCUUCUUUGUGUGUCAGUGUAGUCACCUGUGCAGCUGUGAGGAAGAACUUACUGUGUUUUUGUACCACUGACUGUUUAGGGGUUGCUCAGUGGCCUCUCAUACCAAUGCCUUAUAUUUCUACUUGUAUUUGUUCCUCAAAGAAACACUUUGCUUUUAAUUUUGUGGUCGUUUCUAUACAGCAGCAGGAAGACGGAGCCGGUAUGCUGUAGAAAAAGGGGAAAAGGUUACAUCCAGAGGGAUCUGUGCUUGGUCAUUAUUGUUCUUGCUAUAUGGAAUUUUUUUAACUAUGGGGUAAAAAGCCACUGCUUGGACUGCUUUUAUAAGUCCACCUACUACUUUUUUUAAACAAUGCUGCUUAGGUUUUAAAACAGUGAUUUGCAAAUCAGUCAUAUUUAAUAAUGACUCAUUGGUGCUUUAUUAAGCACCCUGCACAACAUUUCACUUUUAAAUUGAACCUUUGACUGUUUGGAAGAUCUAAACUUGUAGCACACACAACCAUCAGCAUGAAAGCUAUGUGGCACACAGAUUACUGAAACAAAAACUCAUAACACUAAACUGAUGCAACAUGUUGUUCCAGGUGUUAUAUAUCCAGAUGUUAACACGCAGCCUGGAUUUGUGAACAUGAAAUAAGUAACUUCCCUCCAGGACAAUUACAUUUUUAAACUUCUUUUUAGUGUCUUGUUUUGAGAAUUUAAACCAUUUACAGGUUACAAACUACAGCCACUAGAGUUUCAGUUCCAGACAUUGGAUGAUAUCAAAGUACUUGCAGAAGAUCCUUAAUAAAAAAAAAAAAUUCUCAUCAGAUCCACUCGGAGAACUAGUGGAAGUGAAUUACAGUUUUUGCAAUACAUUUUUUUUAGGAACAAUAUGAGUGAAUAAUGGAAAGAUGAAUGUUUAAUAAACACAAGCAAGCAGUGAAAACUUAUGUAACCUGCUCUGAGUGCAGGAGGGGUUUGUUAUCAACACUGUUUGUAUAGUUUGGAUUUGACUUAUUUUGUGUAUGAUAAUACAAAACCAUUGAGCAAGU